UUGGAGGAGGGAAGCAAGUCUCGUGGGCGACGCCCGUGUCGCUGAAAACCAAGCUUGCCACAGAGAUGCAGCGGCAUUCGUGGAAGGAGCUGUACGCUGUCGGUGGGGCCAGAGGCGUUGCGGUUGGGGAAAAGAAGAUUCUCUUCCCUCUUAUGGGAACCAGCGUGGGCGCAGAAGAACGCAGAUUUGCCUGCACCGUCAUGUACUCCGAGGACAAUGGGGGCAGCUGGAAGCUUCCUGCGGCGCCUGUGGCUGCUGAGGACUGUAACGCUGCCACGCUUCUCGAGUGGGAGGGGAAACUCUUCAUGGCCACCUCCGGAUUUUCUUCGCCGUGGCGGCACAGGGUCUUCGCAUCCGGUGACGAGGGGAAGACGUGGAACGAGGCUGCCGGACCCUUCGCACGCCUGUUGGGCGACGCAUACACAUUGUCUAUGGUCCGCGGUGCUGUAGACCUCAUGACUGCAACCAUCGCGGACAAGCAUGUGCUGCUGUACACGCAGGUGUCGUUCAGUCUUACUGCGCCAGAAGGAACCAGCGGAAUAGUCACGUUCCGCCCUGCAAUCCACCUGUGGCUCUCCGACGGUGUCCGGACCCACGACGUUGGGCCGAUAUCUGCGGAUGAUGCGGGCGCCGCCCUUUUCAGCUCGCUGCUGUACACAAACGAUGAGCUGCUUGCCCUCUACGCGAUGGGGGACGCGAGCGGAAGGCCACGUAGUCUUGUUUUUGCGCGCCUCCCAGAGCAGCUGCGGCGCAUCAAGUCCGUGCUGCAAACUUGGAAAGAAGUGGACGCUAGAGUUGCAAGGCUUUGCGGCGCCGCAGAACCCGCUGCUGCCUGCGUCGGUGCUAUGCCAACGGACGGGCUGGUUCGGUUUUUGUCGAACAAUGGCAACAACACCCACUGGAAGGACGAGUACCUUGGGGUGGGCGCCACGGUGUCUGGAGAAGCAAAGAAGGUUGAUAAUGGCUUCGCGCUGGCAGGGCGGGGUGCGCAGAUUGCGUGGCCGGUGGCCAGAGACGGGCAUGGCCCAGGGCACAGUUCUGCGGGCGAAGAGGUGACUCUUGUGGCGACGGUGACCAUCAACAAGGCGCCACGGAGCGCCACCCCACUGCUGGGCGUGAGGACGAUGCCCACUGGGUUAUAUCUGGGACUGUGGUACGACGAGCACAAGCGCUGGAAGACGAAGUUCGGGACGGAAGGAGGGAACACACAAACAAUGACGUGGAAGGAGGGAAGGGCAUACCGAGUGGUGCUCACGGUGCGGAACGGCGGCGGCUCGGCAUACGUCGACGGACAGCUUGUGGGGAGUUUGGAGGAGAAACCUCCAUCUACUGAUCUGUUUCCUCCGCCUCCGCCUCCGCCUCCGCCUCCUCGUGACGAAUAUCCGCUGGAGAAGCCGCCGGAGAGGGUCUCGCACAUCUUCGUUGGGAAAUACAGCCACCGCGACGAAAGCACAGAGGUCCACGUGACGGUGACGAGCGUCUUGCUGUACAGUCGCUGCUUCGACGCCAGUGAGGUUGCGGCGCUGGAGAGGAAAGAAGAGGAGGCCAGCGUGACGCCGCCGGAACCGGAGCAACCGUCUCGUACCGCCACAUCCGCCGCCAGUGACCCGACGAACCCUGCGCACGACGAGGCUGCAGCAGCUGGCGGCGUGGCCGAGGAGCCGUCAGGGGCAGCCGGCACUGGCCCCGCGACGACCAGCGCGGCUGGGAGUUCGGCGGGGGGUGCGUCGGUGCCGCGCGGUGCACCGGCGCCGGGCCUAAACAACGCCUCCGCCGCACUUGCAAAGGGGGCUGCGGGCACAGUGCAGAGGGAGGCUGGCGGCGGCGACGGCUCUGCGCGUGGGCGUGUGUCUGCGGUGCUCUCGCUGCUUCUGCUGGGACUGUGGGCAUGUGUGUCGCUCCUCUGA